GUAUCUUCACUCGAUACUGGUCACAGUGUCAAUACGCAUCAAUUAUUACCCACCAAGAAAAACAAAUAUGUACCAUUUUUUACUUAUACAUUUAAGAUUUUAAUUUACAAAAAGGAGUUCUGUGUCAAAAUGUACGGCAGUGAAUUAUAUAUUUGUUUAAUAGUGUUAAUUACCAGCACACAUGGAAGAAUAGCAGUGACCGAUACAGUAUUGCCACAUAUAUCAAAUGAAAUAGAUAAAGACAUAGGUGUUGCAGAAUCUGUAGUAAAUAGAAUAGCGGGAGAAUUAACAGUAAAUUUAAGUGGAGGAUCACUGGUAAAUCAAAAUGAAAGUACCACAGCCAAUACUGAAAACAAUACGCAGCCAGAUUUACCUACUCUUAUACCUGUGAAAGUUGAAGAUAAAUGUUCAAAUAACACUUCUGACAUUAUAGACAAUCUUAUUCCUAAUGAAGACGAUAGCCCAUGUGAUCGGAGGGAUAAAGAUAACAAUAAAGUACUAAAACUAACCAGUUACAUAGAAGAUGGCCGAACUGAAGAAGGGCGUAAAGCAGCCGAAGUAAAUCCCGACUUAUUUCUCGGGAUUAAGAGUUAUUCUGGAUUCUUCACUGUCAAUAAGACGUAUGAUUCUAAUAUAUUUUUUUGGUAUUUCCCAGUAGAAAAGAAGAUGGUUAAUGAAACUCCGUGGAUAAUAUGGUUGCAAGGAGGUCCUGGUGCCUCCAGUAUGUCUGGCCUGUUUGAUGAGAUGGGACCAUUUAGGCUUAACCAAAAGAAGAUGUUAGUACGUAAUCCAUACACAUGGUUGCAGAACCAUUCGUUGCUGUUUAUAGACAACCCUGUGGGCACUGGCUGCAGCUUUACCAACCAUAAGGAUGGAUACGUUACUGACAUGCCAACUUAUGCAAGCCACCUAUACAGCACAACCAAGCAAUUCCUGCUAGUGUUUCCGGAGUUGAGAACUGCUCCGUUGUAUGUCGCCGGUGAAUCUUACGCGGGCAAGUACGUGCCAGCACUUGCAAUGGAGAUACACAAACACAGAAACUUUCUAGAGGGAGAUAUCAAUCUCAAGGGAUUAAUGAUGGGCAACGCAUACAUAGAACCAGGGAUGAUUCUGAAGAUCACCGAAACGUUCUAUCACUUCGGUUUGCUGGUGCAAGAACAACUCGAUAUUGUGCAGCCACUUUUGGACAAGUUCAAAAGUGACGUUGCUGAAAAUAGGAGCGUCAAAGCAAAGGAAAGAUGGAAUGCCAUAAUCGCAUUGCUGCUGUUCCUUUCGAACCAGAAGCAAGCGUACAACUUUCUCCGGGAUGAGAUGACGGCUGGCCGUUACGAGUGGUUCAUGAGACUGCCAGAGGUGAAGAAGGCCCUCCACAUAGGAGACGUCAAGCAUUCUUUCGUCAACAUCACCGUCAAUAAGAAGCUCGCACCAGACUUCUUGUCCAACGCUCGACCGCUGGUCGAGUCUCUACUCAACGAUUACCAAGUAUUAGUUUAUUGAUCUGCGCGGCCAGUCGUCUAUCGCAGCACGAACGAGGUCCAUGUCAAUAUCGGCGGCUGCCUUUAUCAAGGAUGUUUUGAGGGACUCCAAAUUGGGAUGAGGCUUUGAGCACGCCUUUUCCUCCAAGUGUUGCCAUAUCUUGUAAUCUAACCGACUCAAAUCUGGACUGGAGGAGGGCCAGUCUUCGUGCCGGAUGAAGUCGAUUUCACGCGCCGCCAGCCAGUCUUGUGUGCUCUUCGCUCUAUGAGAUGGCGCCGAAUCUUGUUGGAAAACCCAGUGCCCGUUAUUGAACAUGGUAUGGGAAACAGGUUCCACAAGGUUCGUCAGAACUGUAUUUUGAUACACCACUGCAUUCGUUUUUACACCUUUCUCACAAAAAUGUACCUCUGUUAAUCCCCAAUAAGAAACUCCCAACCAUACCAUGAGCGAGGAUGGAAAAUGACCUCCUUGGACACGCGCAAUACGGUUGCUCGCUUCUUCACUACUGUGUGCGUACACCUUAUCAUUUUAUUUGUUGUAGCUCUCUUCUACGGUAAAAAAUUUUUCAUCCGAAAAAAGAAUUUUCCGAUAUUUUUUUCCUGCGUACCGCUUCAACAAAGAGCGGCAUCUCUUCAGUCUUCAGUCUCAGGUCCAUUAGACGAGCAUUCAAACGAUGUCCUGUUUUUCUUCGAGAUGCCCGAAGCCCUAAGUCUUCAUUUAACACCCUUUUCACCGUGGUUAUGCUUAACCCCAUCUGAAGGGCCAACAGUUUCUGCUUAGGUUUGGGAUUUCUUUGAAUUCCGGCCUUCACAGCUUUUAUCACUGCUGGAGUCCUAACAGAACGAGGGCGACCAUUUCUUAACCUGUCUUCUACACUAGUCUUCAUUGUAUCGUUUGAUGGUACGAUAAACGAAUCUUUUGGUUAUAUUAAAAAUUUUCAGUAUGUCAAAAAUUUUAAUUGGCGCGUAACCGCAACGAUGUAACGCAAUAACUGCAACACGGUCUUCUUUGAGCGUCCACUCCAUAUUUAAAAAUGAGUAAAAUUCUAAAAAGUAUACAUUUUUAUUUUCAUGAACAAUUCGAAAUUCGAAUACAAUAAACUUUUUUUUUUGAGACAGCAUUCUAAGAGAAAAAUUUUACUGUGUGACAAUAUUUAUGAACUAAAAAAUUUUUUUUUGAUUGUCAAGGGCUUUGGCAGACUGUAGGUUUAUAAUCGGGUGGUAGUUUAAUCAGCACUUAGAAAUGAUUCGGCAUUGGUCGCUAUACUUACAAAAUUUUAAAUAUCAAUCAACUCUUAUCGCUUAAUAGAUUAUGAAGUCUUCCAGAGUUCUGUAUUAUGCACUCAGUUAUGUAAAGCAGGUUACUCAGUCAUCUAAGCGUGAUUCAAUUCGUGAGGAAAAGGUACUUAUGUUAAAAAUCAUAACAAUAAAAUUUGCACAAAGGUAAAGAGAAUAGGUCUCAUCCGUAAAGAAGGAUCAAAAAUCAUAGCGGAGUUAUCCUUAAGUCCACUGAUAUGUACCAUUAAACUUGAGGUUGUGCAGUGAUUGAUUCAUUUUCAGCAAGUGAAAGGGCUUAAAUGGCACCGCAAGUGGAGAUUGACUACCUCCUUCAACCACUCCGAGAAGCAAUGUGGAUAUAUUUUUACAAAUAAAUCAUUUGUCACCAGUGGUCAACUGGAUCAGAUGCUGCCGUGUGCUACCACAUCGGAAUAUUACCGCAAAUGGAGAUGGGACAACUCUUCUGAGUUCCUAAAUGCGACCCGCUAUCCUUUAACAUUUAAACACAGACUUGUGGGCUAUCACAAAUCGGGCGGAGGGCUGACCGAAGUCAUGGUCCGUGGCGCGGGUCACAUGGCACCCCAGGACGCGCCCUACACGAUGCAGGAGAUGAUCACGCGGUGGACGCAUCACGUCGCGCUCAGCACCCCUACCUUUCAAGACCUGGACUUCUUGCUAGAUCUGCUCAGAAACAGCACUGACAACAUGGAGCUGAUACGACCUAAUAUCCUAUUAUGAUACAAAUAAAACUUUUAGCUCUGCAAUCGAUAUACCGUUGAAUUGAAAUUCGAUCGAUUGUGACAAUUUGACACGUUAUUGGUGAUAUGGCUUGGUGUCAACUGUGAAAUUAUACUAUUAGUUAAUUAUUUUUUUUGCUAUUUCAUUUAAUUCUGAAAUAAAUUAUUCAUAUACCUUAGAGUCAUAUUUGACGUACUAAUAAUAUUAUGACUUAUGAAUGGGAAACAUUAUAAGUUUGUAUGUUUGAUACUUGAUCACGCAAAAGGGCCUGAACUGAUUUGGAUGAAAUUAAGCACUCAUACAUACAGUUUAUUACCUGAAGUCAGACAUAGAAUAGGUAGUUUUAAUCAAGGAAAAAUGUAAGGUUCCUCUGGAAUUCUCAAAAAACUAAGGAUGGUAGCCAAUAAAAUAUUCCUUUGUGAUUUUUAAUAACACUCACACCAAUUAGCCUUGUCCCAAAAUAAGCACUGUAAAGCUUGAGUUCUGGGAUGCUAGGGUAAUGGAUAGAAUACAUAUACUUUUAAGUACAUUUAUAUAGAAAUACAUAUAAACAUCAAUGACGAAGGUAUAAAUGCUCGUAUUCACCACACAAUCAUUUACAC